GGACAUGAGCGGCGCGAUAUCAGCCAUAGUCAGUUCGGCGACAACACUGUCAUCCACCAGGGCAAUGUCCACCUCCAUCUGCCCCGCAGGCCGGCCCGCGCUGAGGUCGUCCGCGUUAUUCCAUACCCCCCCAACGAAGAUCUAGUUCGUCGUCGGGGUCUUAUCGACAGACUAGACAAGCUCCUGCCGCAAACCCCAGGGUUCCAUAGCGCUGCUCUUUGGGGCUUAGGAGGUUCAGGCAAGACACAGAUUGCGCUUGAUUAUGCAUAUCGACGGUGUGACGAUAGUAACUGCUGUGUCUUCUGGGUGCAUGCAGACAGUGAAGCGACUUUUAUAACUGACUAUAAGGCGAUUGGUCAGAAGCUCGGAGUCGACGAGAGCCUUGAUGGGUCAGAUCUGCUUAAUGCGGUGCGCAGCAGCAUUGAAGCACAGCCGCGAUGGGUAAUCAUCCUCGAUAAUGCUGAUAAUCUGAAGCUAUUUGGAGUGGAUCGCGAAGAAGGGAUGAACGAGCGCCUAUCUAGGUACAUCCCCGGGGGGCCGCAGGGAACGAUAUUAUGGACGAGCCGUGAUGCUCAUAUCACAGGCACGCUCGUCGGCUCGUCUCGAGGUAUCGAGGUUUCAUCCAUGACAAGGGGUGAGGCGACAGCUCUUCUCGCGGCAACUAGAGGUGAUCGGUUGGCUGUGGAAGACGUGGGAAUCGAUCAACUGCUAGAAGAGCUGCAGCGGCUUCCAUUGGCGGUCUCGCAGGCUGGAGCAUACAUACGGCGGACAUCGAUGACGAUCAAGGAAUACCUAGAUCUGCUAACACAAGGCUCCAGCCGAUGGGACCUACUUAAGAUGAACAGUUUUGAUCGGCAUCGACGGCCCGAGGUGUCGAAUAGCGUGCUCGAGACUUGGAAAAUCUCAACCCAGAAAAUUCGAGAGGAAAGUGAGCUGUCGUACCGAAUUCUCAACGUCAUUGCAUACCUAGAUAGCCAAGACAUACCGCACGAGUUGAUAGUGGCAGCCAGCCGGUACAGCGUUGACGAGGAGGGUAGGGCUGAGCAGGUUCACAAGCUUGAGGUGCAGCAGGCUGUUAUGCGACUGGUGGAGUUUUCUUUUCUCGAUAUGCGUCGAGGGGAGGGAGGUUUACGGAUCUAUGAGAUGCACAAGCUUCUCCAGGAGGCUGUUCGAUACGGUCUGUGGGUUCAAGGGCCGAUGGAAAUGGCCUUUAGUGAGAUUACGACUCGGCAUAAUCAGCCGCAGAAUGCAGAGGCAUACUACUCGAGUAUAGCUCUGCAGAUGGUGGAUGAUAUUUUCCCGGUAUCAAAGCAAGACUCAUGGGCACGAUGUGAGCAGUUUAUAGCACAUGCUAUACGAGUAGGAGAGUGGGCAGAGAUAAGCGGGAAGGCGGUUGAAACAUCAGCAUUACUCGGAAGAGUAUCGGAUUUUCUAUAUGAUCGAGGGCGGUGGAGAGAGAAGGAGCCAGUUGACCGGAGGGCUUUAGAUCUCCGGCGGGAGGCGCUUGGAGAGGAGCAUCCCGAUACGGUUAUAAGCUUGUCAAACCUUGCGAUAACAUACCAUGAACAAGGCCGAUAUGAUGAGGCUGAGAGGUUAAAGAACCAAGUAUUAGAUCUUCGGCGGGAGAUCCUCGGAGAGAAGCAUCCGAAUACGAUUAGGAGUAUGGUAAACAUUGCGGCAACAUACUAUGUACAAGGCCGAUACGACGAAGCUGAGAGGUUAACGAAGCAAGGAUUAGAUCUUCAGCGAGAGAUCCUCGGAGAGAAGCAUCCGAGUACGAUUUGGAGCAUAGCAAAGCUUGCGGCAAUAUAUUUUGCACAAGACCGACUUGAUGAGGCUAUGAGGUUGAGUAAGCAAGGAUUUGAUCUACAGCGGGAGAUACUCGGGGAGAAGCAUCCAGAUACGAUUUUCAGUAUGACAUACCUUGCGGCAGUAUACUAUACACAAGGCCGAUAUGAUAAGGCUGAGAGGUUACAGAAGCAAGCAUUAGAUUUUCAGCGGGAAGUGCUUGGGGAGAAGCAUCCUCAUACAAUGCGGAGUAUGGCAAAUCUUUCAGCAAUAUACUAUAGACAAGGCCGAUAUAAUGAGGAUGAGAGGUUAAAGAAGCAAGCAUUAGAUCUUAAGCGGGAGGUACUAGGGGAGAAGCAUCCCGAUACGAUU